UUUUAAAAGAAGAACCACAACUACUUCACGUUUUUGUCACACACGGAGCGAAACACAUUCAAAGACGGGGGUUGUUGUUGUCUCAUAUUAUUAUUAUUAUUAUUAUUAUUAUUAUCAUCAUUACUACAUUACUCUCUACGACGACGACUCCUCCUGUGCUGCUCUGCUGCUCUUGUUUUUUUUUUUUUUUUUACACACAUUUUUGUUUGUUUGCAAACCAAAGAAGAAUAGCAAAUGUUUCUAGUAUUCGAAACAUCCAGUUGACUCCAGUUUACAUAUUCAAACUAUGGCUGACGACGGUGAAGUACUGGAUAGUUGGGAGGAACUGGAUGAUAAAGCAGUUUUCGAUAAACAACUCAAGGAGUUCAAUGAAAACUUGAAGCCUAAAACUCAUACUGUGAAUCGGUUAUUGUCCCCAUUGCAAGAAGACACUUUGAGAACAACCUACCAACCUCAAGUGAAGAUUUUGAAACGGCAGCCUGGUACUGGUGCUACAACCAACAGAACUGGCAAUUCAGCAAACAAUGUUUCAGUUAAUCGUCCCCUAAAGACACUGGAACAACGAGAAGCUGAAUAUGCUGAAGCCAGACUGAGGAUCAUGGGAUGUGCAACUGGCUAUGAUGGCCAACAGACACAAUUGCCUUCAGACAAUAGCAAACCUGUGAAAUUACUGCAACCAUUGGAUUAUUGCAGUCCAGACAACAACAUAGUCCGUCAACCAAAGGGUCCGGAUGGCAGCCGUGGUUUCAUUAGUGCACAGAGGUAGUUGUCGGAAACUGGAGGGGGUAGAAAAAAUAUGGCUGUAAACCCCUCACUUGGAGAAAUCAAAAGAUAUCAAGCUAUAUAUAUAUAUAUAUAUAUUUAUGUGUGUGUGUAUGUAUAUAUAUAUAUAUAUAAUGGUAUAUACAUGAAUAUAUAUG